AUGGCACCUUCAGUUCAACAACUCCCAGAGGAGACACCUGUCUUUUCGACUGAGAGAGUAGUUCCCAUUGUGGUGAAAGCCCCAGAAGAAUCACCGAAAGUGAAGAGACAAAUUGACCUUGAAGGUGGAAAGACUGAUGCCAAAUACCCUCAAUAUCUACCGACCUGGAACCACGGACAGAAGUACCCUCCUCUGGAGCCAUUCAACUACAUCGAGCAUGGCAAAAAUGCAGACCCCACUUUCAAAGAUCUCCUCCCUGAAGGCAGCAAGAUCGAGAAGCUCACGCCAAGCAUCGGUUCCGAGGUGACCGGCGUCCAACUGAGCAAGCUCUCCCCGGCAGGAAGAGACCAACUAGCUUUACUCAUUGCCCAACGCAAAGUUGUGGCAUUCCGUGAUCAAGACUUUGCCGACAUCCCCGCCAAAGAUGCCCUUGAAUUCGGUUCUCAUUUCGGCCGCCAUCAUAUCCAUCCCACGAGUGGAAGUCCAGAAGGCUACCCCGAGCUCCACAUCGUACAUCGCUAUGGACCGACUGGUAGUGAAAUCGACUCGUUUUUCGACAACCGUACCAGUGCUGUAAGCUGGCAUUCUGAUGUGUCGUACGAAGCCCAGCCACCAGGAGUGACGUUUCUGUAUAUUUUCGAUACGCCGGAGGUCGGCGGCGAUACACUUUUUGCUAACCAGGUUGAGGCUUAUAAUCGCCUGUCAGAACCACUCAAGGAGAGAUUACACGGACUGAAGGCGGUACAUUCGGGCUUUGAGCAGGCGCAGUUUAGCAGGGACCGGGGCGGAGUCGUGAGGAGGGAGCCUGUGAAGAAUGAGCAUCCGAUUGUGAGGACUCAUCCUGCGACUGGAGAGAAGGCGCUUUACGUCAACGCUGGAUUCACUCGAAGCAUUGUGGGAUUGAAGAAGGAGGAGUCUGAAGCGCUCCUUGCGUUCCUGUUCAACCACAUUGGCCGUGGUGUUGAUUACCAGGCUCGUGUCAGAUGGGCACCAAAGACAGUUGUUGCUUGGGAUAACCGUGUGACAGUUCAUUCUGCAACGACGGAUUGGAGGACCGGAGAACGUCGUCACUUGGCGAGAAUUACCCCUCAAGCAGAUGCACCAUAUGAGACCCCCUAUGUUAAGAUUGAGGAACCGGUCAAAACUUGA